CGACAAUAACCGAACCGGAUCGGUAUAAACCAAACCGGUUUAUCUGUCAAAAACAAUUGAACCGGCGGCUGAAAUAGAAUCAUACACAUAACAUAAAGUUCGUAUCCAUCCUAAAACCCUAAAUCUUUUUGCUUAUUCGAAUCUGUUAGCCAUCCAAAACCUCUCUCUUUGCCGCAAAAAAUGACUAGUACGGAGAACAACAACAACGGCUCUGAUGAAACUCAGACGACGAAGUUACACUUCGAGGAUGCUGAUGAAUCAAUGCACGAUGGAGAUGACAACAAUGCCGAUGUUGCUGAUGACAUUACCAGCGCCGAUUACUACUUCGAUUCUUACUCUCAUUUCGGUAUUCAUGAAGAAAUGUUAAAGGAUGUAGUGAGGACAAAGAGUUAUCAAGAUGUUAUUUACAAGAACAAGUUUCUUAUCAAGGACAAAAUUGUUCUUGAUGUUGGAGCUGGAACUGGAAUCUUGUCUCUCUUCUGUGCUAAAGCAGGAGCAGCUCACGUUUACGCAGUUGAGUGUUCUCAAAUGGCUGACACAGCAAAGGAGAUUGUUAAGUCGAAUGGAUUCUCAGAUGUUAUAACGGUUUUGAAAGGGAAGAUUGAGGAGAUCGAACUUCCAGUUCCUAAAGUGGAUGUGAUUAUCUCUGAAUGGAUGGGUUACUUUCUGUUGUAUGAAAAUAUGCUUGACACCGUCUUGUAUGCUCGCAAUAAAUGGCUUGUUGAUGGUGGAAUUGUUCUACCAGAUAAAGCUUCUCUUUAUGUUACUGCCAUUGAGGAUGCUCAUUAUAAAGACGACAAAGUAGAGUUUUGGGACGACGUGUAUGGGUUUGACAUGUCGUGCAUCAAGAGAAGAGCAAUUACAGAACCGCUUGUUGACACCGUUGAUGGUAACCAAAUCGUGACUGAUAGCAAGCUGCUGAAGACAAUGGAUAUCUCUAAGAUGGCUGCUGGAGAUGCUUCCUUCACAGCUCCGUUUAAGCUCGUCGCACAACGAAAUGACCAUAUCCAUGCCCUUGUAGCCUACUUCGAUGUGUCAUUCACUAUGUGUCACAAGAAGAUGGGUUUCUCAACAGGACCGAAAUCGCGGGCUACGCAUUGGAAACAAACUGUGCUGUACCUGGAAGAUGUGUUAACCAUAUGCGAGGGUGAAACAAUCACAGGAAGCAUGACCAUUGCACAAAACAAAAAGAAUCCCAGAGACGUCGACAUAAAGCUCAGCUAUUCUUUGAACGGCCAACAUUGCAAUAUCUCAAGGACCCACUUCUAUAAGAUGCGCUAAAAGCUCUCAGAGGAUGUAAAAUCCCCCACAAGUACCUUUCAUCAUCUUGAGGCUGAGAUGGACAAAUCUCAUUUGUAUCUCUACUGUUUCCAUUAUUGCUGCUUAUGUUUCAGAAUUAGAUAUUAACCAUCUCUCUCUUUCUCUCUCACUGUGCGUCUCUUCCUCUAUGAUAGUUUCUUGUUCCUCUCGACCACAAUAUUCGUUUGGUUCAAGAAACCUAAGCAAAUACGACAAUAGUGUAUAUAUCACACAACUAAUUACAAUUUGAUUUGACCGCU